CAAACGCAGGCACGCUGAUCCAGCAAAUCUCAACGCUGCGGCGUCUCAGCCCAUCAGGCUAUUAUGUUUAUGAUAUUUGCAGAAAGAUACUGUCCUUCACAAACCAUCUCAUGGUGGAAAGCAGACGGAUACCUGCAUAUUGAGUGCAGACGCACCUAACUACUGCAUCGCGAGCGCCCUGCAGUUCUUGCAUUUCAGGGCCAAGAUGAUUUCAGGACGCUCCUCCUGUUCCUGGACGCCGCCAAACCUUAAUUAAAGACAGCCUGGGCUCGAGGCGGGCAGUCGGUUGCCAGCUGUCUGGGAUUGCCGCAGCGCCCGCUGUGCAACGCGCCGGGGCCACGCCACCAUGCUGCAAUUGGGACUGGGACGAACUUGGUCCGUGCCAGGCCUCUCAAAAAAUUCAAGAUCAGCAAACUCAUUCACUUACAUGAAACGAAGCCGUCACCAUCAAACGGACAACCCGAUAGUUCAGACUCACCGAGUGAUUUGAAACAUCUCACAGACAAUACCAAUAUUAUUCAGCGACUUUACCGUCAAUAUGGGUGUCGCAAAGAAAGUUCGCGAGUUCCGCAUGAAGCGGGUCAUCGGCAAGAACGAUGACAGGAGGAAAACAGAGGCCGAGAAGAAGAAGUUGGAAAUCAAGAAGAAGGAGAAGGAACUAGUUCGCGAGGUCCCUCAAGCACCAUCGUCCAUGUUCUUCGAGUUCAACACCUCGCUUGUUCCACCAUACCAGAUCAUCGUCGAUACCAAUUUCCUGAGCAGAUCCAUCCAGGCGAAGUUGCCACUUCUAGAAUCUGCCAUGGACGCCCUGUAUGCCUCGGUCAAUAUCAUCAUCACAGACUGCGUCAUGGCGGAACUCGAGAAGCUGGGCCCCAAGUACCGCAUGGCCUUGAUGAUUGCUCGUGACGAGAGGUGGACGAGGCUCACCUGCGACCACAAGGGAACCUAUGCAGAUGAUUGCAUUGUCGACCGCGUCCAGAAGAACCGUAUCUACAUCGUUGCCACCAACGAUCGUGAUCUCAAGCGAAGGCUCCGCAAGAUCCCAGGUGUGCCCAUUCUGGGCGUCCAAAAGGGCAAAUAUGCCAUCGAGAGACUCCCUGGUGCUCCGGCUACCUGAGCGGGAGGAUUCUAAAUGGGUCUAUCACAUACUACGAGAUAAGGCGUCGGCCAAGUCGUGGCGCAUGGUUGAGGAAUAUGUUUCUGCUCAACAGCGAUACCUCUGAACCAGCGGCUGGGCCUAGUGGCGCUUUUAUGGCACAAGCCAAGGCUGCACAGCAAUACCAAGGCAGCCGAGGGAUAUUGUGAAAAUCAAGGGCAUGGCUGGAGGGCAGUGGAUGGCUACAAGGGAUACCCAGACCUCUUCCGACUUGAUAUCUUCUGUUUUAUUGGAGUUUGGGGCCAGGAAAAAGGGAAAUGCAUAUGGGCAGCAUGGUAAUUAUCGGAAUGGGGCUGAAGAAAGCGAGACAAAUUCCCAAAUACAUAUGGUUUUUUUUUCCCCUCACGAUAUGAUUGAUAUGUCUCCUUCCAAACAUUACCAACCCUCGGCCAUAAUGCUCGAUGGUUGGGUAGGUCCAAUGCAUGUUGGUUGUA